AUGGCGGCAAACGAGGAAUCCUGGGACCUCGACACCGAUGAGAUCCGUUCAGUUGACUCGGAAGAGUUGUAUGAGACCAGACCCAAUCGCUGGAAAGGCAACAGGUCAACAUGGUACACGUACACGCAGGAGGAACGGCUUCUGUACCGCUCCAUGGAAAAAGAGCGGGACCGAGAUCUAUCGGUGCAUCUCUACAACGCAUUUGCGCUCAAGCACCGCCCGGUGCGGCCAACGGCAACAGCAGAACCUGAUGCAGAGGAUGCCGAUAGACCGCUUGAAGAGAUUGUCGACAGCGGCGAGUGGCGCCCGCCGAGCCUCUGGACGGCGUGGCCGAUGAACCCGCAAACUGUGCCGGGCGACGAUUUCCUUAAGGAGACCCAUGAUGAGGACGACAACUUCACCAUCCGCCACAGGCAGGCGCAGCUACCCAGCACGGCCCUGGAAGAAGAACUCACGGCCACGAUUCUGCGCCAGGCCAAGGAGCGUUUCCAACGCCGACAGCGGAAGUACCAAGAAAAGGAAGCUGCCAGGGCCCAGGAUGAUACCGGCCGCGAAACGACUGAGCCGUCGUGUCCGUCUGCCGCCUCGUCCGACGACGAGAAGGAUGUUCUCUCGGAUGAAGGAGAGACCAAAGCAGAGCCCGAUGAGGACGCGGAGAUACCGAAGCGCGCCAAGACCUACGAGGCAGUCGUAUCCGCCGACGACGACCUCUCUGCAGACCUCCUACGCCCGUCCGUCCGCCACAUACUCUCCACACUCGACAACACUCUCGCCGCGCUGCACAACGCCCGCCUCGCCGGCCUGAGCUAUAUGACAGACUCCUCCGCCUCCGCCACCGAGGGCGACGCGUCCGAUGCCUUCUCGGACGGUAUUAGUGUAGCGUCCGCAGUGUCGCGCGCGUCGUCCGCCACCAGGCGCCAGAGGAAAGGCGCACCGCGCAGCAAAGCGCCUCGAACGCCCGAGCCGGAGAGACCUUCUACGGAAAGGCGGGGCAGGCCGAGGAAGGCGUUGGUCCCGCUGCCGGGGGAGACGGAGAAGGAAAUGAAGAUCCGGAUCGCACGGGAGCGGAAGAAGCGCAUCCCGUACUCGUCAGACGAGGAGGUAAAUGAUGGCAAAGAGGGCGAGGGGGAGAGGAAGGAGCCGGAGACGGAGGCGGAGGCGGAGACAUCGCGGUCCAGGUCGCCGCGCAAGAAGCGGGAUCUGCCCCCCGAGACUCGGGCUGGAGCUAAGAUCAGAGCCAGGGAGUCGAUGCUGGGCAGCUGGGGACUGAGAGACUGGAGCGAUGUCAUGGGAGCGGCAUCCCUUGCGGGGUUCAAGCCAGAGGUGGUGGCCAGGGCGGCGCAGCGGUGUGCGGAUCUUUUCGGCCAGGGAAUGGAGAUGCAGACGCUCCUCGAGGGGCCGCCUUCUGAGAGACUGAAGCCCCAGGGGACUCGCUACCUCCCCGGCAGCAGCCGCCGCCAGUCUCCCUCGUUAUCUAGUUCGGAUUCCGAGGUUGAAAGACCCGCAUUGCGACGUCGCGUAGUGUCUAGACAGGGCAGCCUAGCACGGGACAGCGUUCCGCCUAGUGACUCGGACGCUACUCGUGGACGGGGUUCCCGUACGCCGAGUCGGGGCCGCAGUACAUCCCGUACAUCCUCUGUCGGUCUCUUUUUCUGUCCUGUGGCGGGAUGCCCGCGUGCCGCUGAAGGCUUUGGCAGAAGAACAAACCUGCAGCGGCACGUGGCUAGGUUUCAUCCUGGACAGGCUGUGGAGGUGGACGUAGAGAGCGAGGACGAGAUGUUUGGUGCAGUGCAUGUGGACGGUUUCCUGAAGCCCAUCCGCGCCAGGAAGGGUUGGAGAGCAGAAGAUACGGGCACGAGGAAGCGGAAGAGGCACUAUCGCGGGCGGAGGGUGGAUGAGAGUGACGCAAGUGAUAGGAGUGGUGUUGGGGAGGAGUCGGUUUGGGAUUCCAGCUGA